UCACACUUACUUCUUUAAAUUAAGAAAAUGAAGCAUGAAAUGAGAGUGUUUAAAAAAGUUGCUACUGGUAAUAGUUAGCUGUCUUUCUUGAUAGCACUCGACAACCGACUGCCAUUGCCGGAGAGGACUCCUGCUGCAGUACCGCCAAAAGCGCCUGUUGAUGUUGAUGCAAUUUUCAAUGUAUGAUCAAGCUCAGUUCUUGGGUCAAUUUUCAAUGCAUAAAAAAAAAGAAAUCUGUAUAUCAAAACGGGGCAGCCAUUGUCCUUCCUGUUAAGUCACAGAAAGCAAAUAGGCCCAAAAAAGACCAAGAACAGGAAUUAUAGGCCGCAGAAAGAUGGCCGGUGAGCUCGAUCAUAACAAUCGGGACGGCAUCAUCGGUGAGCACACAAGGAGUUGUUACUCCCUCGGCCAUUUUAUCUCCCGACUUCGUAGCUUGGAAAUCUCGGCCGCCGCCGCCUGCUUGCUCGUAAUCGGAUUGUGCUGCCUUCUGCUCUCCGUUAUUUCGCUCUACUCUUCCUCAAUUUCGCCUUGGUUCCUGCCGCCGCCUCCAGGUUCCUUCUCCCCGGCUACUCCUCCGAAUCCGGAGGACACAAAGAUGCAGCAGCAGCGUGAAAUCAGCGAGGACCCAGAACUAAUUAAAGUGCUGAACCGUGCAAAGAUGACGACGACGGCCGUCGGUGAAGGAAGGCUGCCGCCGUCGGAGAUGGUGAUCCUGACCACCAUAAACAGGGCUUGGGCAGAGCCAGGGUCGCUUCUGGAUCUGUUUCUGGAGAGCUUCUGGAACGGGGACGGGACUAAGGAACUGUUGCGGCAUUUGGUGAUCGUGUCGCUGGACCACAAGGCGCACCAAUACUGCCAAGCCGUGCAUCCGCACUGCUAUGCGCUGACGACUCCUGGCGUCAAUUUCACGGGGAACGCCGCUACAAGCAAGAGCGAAGAGUACAUGCGCGUCGUCUGGCUGAGAACGGAGUUCUACACCUCCGUUUUAAACCUAGGGAUUGACUUCCUUUUCACGGAUGCAGACAUUGUGUGGUUACGAAAUCCGUUCCCACACUUGCACGAACAAGUCGAUUUCCAAGCGGCUUGCGAUUACUACUCCGGGGACGACUCUGACCUCCGCCACAUCAUCAACACCGGGUUUAUCUUCGUGAGAUCCAAUGACAGAACUCGUCGGUUCUACAAGUUUUGGUAUGACUCAAGGGAUAGGUUCCCAGGAGUGAAAGAGCAAGACGUGCUCAACAGUAUCAAAUUCGAGCCUUUCCUCAAUGACAUCGGGUUGCAGAUUAAGCUCCUUGACACGGACCACUUUGGCGGGAUCUGUCAGCCGAUUAAGGAUCUCAAAGUGGGUUGCACCAUGCAUGCAAUAUGCUGCAUCGGCCUAGAGUCUAAAAUUCAAGCACUCACGGUUAUCCUUCAAGAUUGGAAGCGCUUCUCGUCUGCACCUGCUGAGUCUAGAUUGAACCUGUCGACCUCCUUUGCUUGGAAACCUCAUCGCACUGGGUGUUGGUACGUAUAUGCGCGAUAUUUAUGAUAAGCGCAUGCAUUUUAUUUAUCUAUAUGUAUGCUUGGCCCGAAUUUUCAAAUACUUAUUUUACUAAAAAAAUCAUAAGCUAGAUUAUCAUCCUUAAAACUAUACUUACGGAAUAAAACCCAAGAUAGCACCACCCUGCAAUUAAUUUCCAAUCUAGCAGUAUAUGAAAUCAAAUUUCCGAAUAUAGCUGGGUUUUUGCUGAUUUGGCGGUGGUGGCAAAGAAAUGUCGCUUGUCGCUUGUCUAAUAGGACUAAAAUCGCUAGUUAAACCAGCAACAUAUGUUUUUUAAGAUCAUUUUCCUUAGGUAAAAUACACUUGUAUAGCUAAAACUUUCACGUUUUUGCCAAUAAUAGCCAAUUUUUGGAGAAAUACCAUUUAUAGCCACUUCCGUCCAAUUCUUUUUUUUUUUUGACGGAAAUCUGUAUGAAUAUAUUGGCGACAUUGAUGAAUUGGCGACAUUUCAUAUAGAUCUGUAUGAAUAUAUCGCCAGAUCAGCCAAAUCAGCCAAUUCUUUAACGGUGUGAACUUACAUGCUGACUGGACUGACGGCUUUGAUGAAUUGGCGACAUUUCAUCAACUACACUCCACGUAGAUUAAUGAAAAAUAAAUAAAAAAUAAAUUUAAUGAACACAAAAAUAAUAAUUAAAAGAAAGACUAUUUAAUAAAACCUCCACUUGCACACAAAAAAGACCCAACAAAUAUCUCCACCCUCCGCAGCCGUCCCUAUUCGCUCUGCUCCAUCAUCUUCAAAAACCCAAAAUCGAUUGGAUGGAGUUAUGGAGACAAUGAUGUGGCCCAAGACCCUUCCCCUUCCUCCAUCCAAAUGAGUUCUCGUCGCACACCCGUAAAUCUAAAUCCGAUGACCAACAAAUAAAAAUGGCGACUACUGCAGAUUAGGUUAAAGCUUCUUUGAACGAUGGUAGCAGAUCUGGAGACCUUACCUUUGACUCUGUACCGCCCUUGACUCCACCGGGUCCCCGUCCACCCCCAGCUUCCUGCAUCAAUUUGCGAAAACGACCCCGAUCUUUCCCUCGCAAAGUCCAGAUCUAGCCGCGCUAUUGCUCCUCGGCCUUCGCUGCUGGUCCAUCGUCUCGUCACAGUGAAGGACGAAUUUCAAGGUCGAGCUCCCCGAUUCGGACGGAUUGGAGGAAGAGCAUCAGGAGAUCGAGUCCAUCUCUUGCUCCGAAGAAACGCUUUCCACCUCCGACGAAGGGCAGGAGGCCCAGGCGGUGGAGUGCGGAAGGGAUAUGAGACCGAAAAUUGAAUUAGGGUGAUGCAGCGGCAGCUCCGGCAGAGCAAGACGUCGGUUUUACAGGAGCGAGGAAGUUGGCGUUGUGAACUAUGGCAUCGCAGUGGAAGCAGAGGAAAGAAUCGUCGGUUUUGCAAUAAACGUCCGGUGCUCCGACGCAGAGCUCGCAGAUCUUGGGCUGAUCCUCAAUUUAUUUUUGUCUCGAAUCGAAGAAUUCAGAAACGGGAGGGGAAGAAUGAGCGGUCAAUUGGAUGAAGGGGAAAAAAUUAAUGUUAUUUUUAAUUAAUUUAUGAUGUGUAAUUAUUUAAUAAACUUAAAAUAUGAUGUGUCACUAUUUGCUUAUGUGGCGCUGACGUGUUCGCCGAGUUAGCAGCCUAGUCAGCAAACCAACAAAUAAGUUGACGGUGUUAAUAACACCGUUAAAGUAUCUAACGAAAAUGGCUAUAUUUGUCAUACAACAAGUUUAAAAGCUGGCUAUAAGUGGUAUUUCUCCAAAUUUGGCUAUUAUUGGCACAAAUUCGAAAGUUUUGGUUAUACAAAUGUAUUAUGCCUUUUUCUUAAUAACAAUCGUAAGAAUAUUCAAAACACUCGUUAAACAUAUGCUACGUGAAGACUCCAAAUGUAUUGCAUGAAUAUAUCAAAUGAGUUGUACGAGUAUGUCACACGCUAUGUGUGAAUAUGUCAAUCCACAUAUCAAAACUCCUAAAAAAAUUUGUCUAAUACAUCUAAAGAUUUAUG